AUUGACCUGUUAGCAUAGUAGCAACUCCUUUUCUGUGUAGUUUCACAAAUCUGGCAACACCGUUAACACCGUUUUUUGAAAUAAACCAACCGACAGUACAAAGCUUUGUAAUUCCCAAUUUAAACUUGGAAAUAGUUCUUGCGUGCAGGUUAGAAAUUAUUGGGCACUCAUUUAUAAUUUAUUUUAAGUCGAAAUGGAACCCCAGUAACCCUGGCAACAUAAUAAACAAUUAGAACGUAUGAACUACUUGCGAAAAUCCGGACUCCUCUCGGAUUGUAGUUUUGAAUUGACGGAUUCUGAUGGCAAGACGAUUGUUAUUAAAUGUCACAAAUGUAUAUUAAUAUGCGCUUCGCCAGUAUUCGAGGGCAUGUUCUUGGGAGAUUUUAAAGAGGCAAAUAAUAACGCACCUAUUCCCAUUAUGGAUGCUCCUGCCGAUGCAUUUGAAAAUUUCAUUGAUUACCUUUAUUGUGAAGCAGGUGGCCCUGCCAUGGAUCAGUUGGAUUAUGAAACGGUCAAGUCUUUACUCUAUAUAAGCCAUAAGUAUAUGGUUUCCUUUAUGAUCGACAAAAGUUCUAGAGCCUUGAGUGACAUGGUCGACAAGGGCUUGCCACCCAAUAUUGUUGUAGAAAUAUAUAAAAUCGCUAAUCAGAUUGAAAAUAAUAAUUUGGCAUCAAAAAUUUUUAUAACUAUGCUCAAUGAUAUCAAAUCCACUAUGACUUGCGAAGAGAAUUUGUAUAAGUUGAUACGUAUAUGUCAAAUUGAAAACUCGCAGCGAGUCAAAAAAAACUAAUAAAUAUAUAAUUGUGUUUC